AUGGGGAACUCUCAAGGCAAACCUGUCGUCUUGACCGAUGAAGCAGUCAACCUCAAUCAUUUUCGGCUCUUAAGGGUGGUGGGCAAAGGCGCCUUCGGGAAAGUUCGGAUUGUCGAGCGGAAAGACUCAGGCCUGACCUUUGCCCUCAAAUACAUCCGCAAGGAUGAAGUGGUCCGGUCCGAAAGCGUGCGCAACAUCAUUCGAGAGCGGCGAAUGCUUGAACAUCUCAACCACCCAUUCUUAUGCAAUCUCCGCUACAGUUUUCAGGAUGUCGAAUAUCUCUACCUCGUCGUCGAUCUGAUGAAUGGUGGUGAUCUUCGCUUCCACAUCCAACGCAAGGCUUUCACGGAGGAUACCAUCCGCUUCUGGAUGGGAGAGCUGGCCUGCGCAUUGCGAUACAUUCACAGCCAGGGCAUCGUCCACCGAGACGUGAAACCGGACAACGUUCUGCUCGACUCGGAAGGCCAUGUGCACCUAGCAGACUUUAACGUGGCCUCCGAUUUCAAGCCCGGCAGACCGCUUACGAGCAAGUCCGGUACCUUGGCCUACCUGGCGCCUGAGGUGUUUCGGGGACACGGAUACUACAGCGAGGUGGACUGGUGGUCCUUGGGCGUGACGAUGUAUGAGUGCGUAUAUGGGAAACGGCCCUUUGAAGGCAGGACCCACGAAGAAUUGGUCGACCAGAUAUGUGCCGCCAACCCUCGAUAUUUCAUUACCAAACCCCCGGUAUCAAUGCCGUGCCUACAUGCUAUGACAUCGCUAAUUGAGAGGGACCGCCGCAAACGAAUUGGUGCGACGGGCUUCGACACCUUCACCUCACAUCCCUUCUUCAGCUCGCUUAGCUUCGAGGCACUGGAACGAAAGCAAAUAGCUCCCAUCUUCAUUCCGUCCAGUGAGAAGACAAACUUUGACGCCACAUACGAUCUUGAGGAGUUGUUGCUAGAAGAGGCACCCUUGGAAGCCAGGGCGAGGAAACAAAAACCGCGAGCGGAGCUGCGUGACGACGCUACGAGCAAAGAGAUCCGAGAAGACGAGCUGCACCGCAUGAUAGAGACCAUGUUUGAACCCUUUGACUACACCCUGGCGAACUAUGAAGUGAAUGCUGCGGCUGCGGUGGCUGGCACUGUGCCGGAAGAACAUGUCGAACUAGAUUUGGACACAACCCCCGCCGACGCAAAUUCUGUUCCCACAUCGCCUGAUGGAUCGCCACCGCUUUCUCCCAGCAUCGGUACGUCGACCACCAGAGCAGAGGAGAACUUACCGCCCCUGGAUGAACUCAGAAUGACACUUCCACCGGCACCCGUACAACACACACGGCCCGCAUCCUCGUCGAAGUCGUUCAGCAGACCGAUUCCACCGCAGCGACCACCGCCCGCAACGCGGCAGACGAGUAAAGGUGGUGGAAUACAGAUGGUGCUGGAUGAAUCAGGGAGCUGGACCAAUCUGGCGGAUCAGACUGCACCGACUCCGCAAGAUAGCUCAGCAGACGGAGGCAAGCAUGAAAAGUCAGGAGGCAGCAUGUUAGGAUUCCUGAGCAGGAAGAAAGGUCGGGAUCGAAGCCCCAAACCGAAAGAGGCGGGAGUGCUGGGCAAGAUUGGGGCGAGACACAUUAUUAAUUGA